CUCCACCUUCCAGGCUGCCUGCCCCUCCUCUUUCUCUCUUCCCCCCUGCGCUCCCACCACCGCCUCCUCCCCGUCGCCGCGCCCCGCCGCCGCGCUCGCCGGGAACCCUAGACGCCAUUGCCCAGGCCCCCAUGGACGGCGCCGGCGCAGGAGGGGCGUACGUCGCGCGCACGGCGGAGGAGGUCUUCCGCGACCUCCGCGGCCGCCGCGCCGGCAUGAUCAAGGCCCUCACCGAAGAUGUGGACAAGUUCUUCAAGCUCUGCGACCCUGAAAAGGAGAACUUGUGCCUUUAUGGAUAUCCCAAUGAGACAUGGGAAGUGACCUUGCCAGCUGAGGAAGUGCCCCCAGAGAUCCCUGAACCAGCAUUAGGAAUCAACUUCGCUAGGGAUGGAAUGAAUGAGAAGGAUUGGUUGGCGCUAGUUGCAGUUCACAGUGAUUCCUGGUUACUGUCCGUCGCAUUCUACUUUGGAGCCCGCUUUGGCUUCGACAAAGAAAAUAGGAGGCGACUAUUCAACAUGAUAAACAACUUGCCCACCAUAUACGAGGUAGUGACAGGAAUCGCCAAGAAGCAGUCAAAGGAAAAGACUCCGAACAGCAGUAGCAAGAGCAGCAAGCCCAGUAUGAAAGUGCUCUCGAGGGCCGAGCCCCGUGCAAAGGCCAAGGUGCCAGCCCCCAAGGACGAGGAGGAGAGCGGCGAGGACGAGGGGGACGACGAGGAGGAGGAGCACGACAACACCCUGUGCGGGACCUGCGGCACCAACGACGGCAAGGACGAGUUCUGGAUCUGCUGCGACAACUGCGAGAAGUGGUACCACGGCAAGUGCGUCAAGAUCACGCCCGCCCGGGCGGAGCACAUCAAGCACUACCGGUGCCCGGAGUGCACCAACGGCGGCUCCAACAGCAACAAGAGGGUCAAGACAUGAGCGGGGCGGCGCCGGAGGAGGAAAGCCGCGCCGCGCUUGCUGCGAGGAAAACCAAGCAAUCUUCGCCCGGCCUCUAGAUACCAUUUAUUCAUGGCUUAGUUUCCUUCCUAGUCUGUAAGCGUGUUUCAUCAUCAUGUUUUAAGAAAACUUGAGAUUUUUCGUGUGUGAGUUGACAUCAACCAGCCUUUCUUUCUAGCAUGUAAACUCUGUCGACUGCCCAGCUGACCAUUGCUUCAUUAUUCGUGGACCCUUUGUAGUUCCUGACUCUGUUGCCGUCAUUCGUGUUGGAAUUUGCACUGAUCCUGGGUUGCUUGCUUGAA